CCAUACUCCAGCCCAAUAGCGACAGACCUUGAAGAAAGAAUUACUCGGGCACAAGCGUUGGCACUGCAAUUGCAACAGUCUCACCGACUAUGUUGAGCCACUGUCAAAGUGCGGAGACCAACCCUAUCUGCUCCAUUCUUCAGCUCGUAUCGAUUGGGAUCGCUCCGAAGCUUAGUCCCCUCCGCACGAACGCCUCGAGCCCAUGUGGUUUUCGCGAUUGGAACCAACAUAACUCGCUAAUGCUUGUCAGGAUAUAGUGUUGGAUGAUGUGAGCGAGGUGGAGAAAGUCGGAAACAUGUUGCGCAGAGAAAGGCCAGCGAAUUCUCCAGCUAAAUACCCCCUCGAUGCGCGUUCCGUCAUUUAUUUUGUGUUGACCUGGAAUCUCUCGCUCCUUGCACUCGGACCGCCGUACAAUCGCAACAAUUAUGCUCAAACAUACCCUCGCGUCUCUGGCCCUCUUCGCGGCAGAAGCCUUCACGGCCACGACCAGUCCCGGUUACUCAUGGAACAUUCCUUCGACCGUCAGCGGAGACUCACUCUCGUUCGGAGAACAUUAUGCGGUGUUGAAUCUCGAUCUGAUCGAUGUAGUGGUGUCGUAUGUGAACACUACUGCCGCGGGAGCGAGCUGGAUCAACAACACGGCGCGGUGGAUUGGCGCCGUUCACCAGCAGUCGCCCCCGCCCUUGAGCAUCUUCACGCGGAUCUACUUCGCCAACACACAGCGACCCGAAAUCAGUGCCAACGACCCCUUUGCGGAGGCUGUGUCCCUCCUCGGCAACAUCACGGAAUCGAGCCCCGAGGGACAGAUCUACCCUGCUUUCCGGCCGCUGGGUAACUGGGACGUGGUGUUGCAGAAGGUGCGGUACUACGCCGGUGCGGGCAACUCGCUAGAGGAGAUCCUCGCCAGCCAGAAGAUCGACACGGUGAUUCUGUCUGGGAUUCGCACGUCGGGGGUUGUGCUGAGCACCGCUCUUCGUCUCUUCGAUCUCAAUUACAAGGUAUAUGUUAUCUCGAACAAUACCAUCGAGACUCCCUCGACCUACGCGUCCCAGAUCCAGCAGACGAUCUUGCAGGGCAUUCUGCCAGGCAAUCCUAUCGACGUCAUCACGAUCGAGCAGGCCAUCGCCGCGUUGAAUCGGUCGGGUCCGGCUAUAUACUAGUUUCGACUCAAUUUGUACCAGCGGACGGCUGAUAGGUUUGAUUAUCCAAUGACAUGUACUAUGUAAACCAGAGCAGAGAUGAUCUGAGAUGAUGUUUGAUAAUUUCAGAUAGCAAUUCGAGUCUAGCCCUGAGAUCUCCCCUUGAGGGUCUCUAUAAGAGACAGAGCACGACUUUCGGAAAUAUGCAUAGGCGACGUGGUAGGGAAAGUAGUCCAAGGGAAUUCCCGAAAAAGGGGGAAG